AUGAACCGAAUCUUUAUAUUCAUUCUUUUUCUCCUCUUCAUCUCUCCUACCUUUGGAGCACCCAUAUCUCCCGGGGAUAACCAAGACCUGCCUGCAUCGUCGGAAUAUCAACGAACAGUUUGGAAUAUUAUAUGGAGCUGUCUCGUAACGAUGUUCGCAUGCACUUGGUUUGCCAUACAUCCCAAUGUCCCAGGUCGUAACGUCACGACCAAGGGAGCAAUUUCCUGUACUAUUCAACGUGCAAGGCUUAUGAUUAUGGCAAUUCUUGCACCAGAGAUCAUUGUUGGAUGGGCCACAACGCAGUUUACGGUUGCUUGGAGGGUACGCCAUGGAGAGAAUAUCUCUAUCGCAUCAGUGAAACGUGCUUGGAGAGAGAAAGCGGAUGAAUCAAAGCCGACACUCGCUCAUGGAUUUUUCCUCAGCAUGGGGGGAUUCUACUACACCCCAAUGCCACCAUCAGUCUAUGAAGACUUGCUGGAUCGUACCAGGAAUCCGGACAUUCUACUCCGAUCCAAGUGUAGUUGGGAUAAUGAGGAUAUCAGAGGAGUACUUGUUGAUGUCGAGACGCUCGAAUCAGAACCAAGGCUAGCCAAGACCCUGGCGGCAAUCAGUGCUGAAACAAUAGAGGACAAAAGCAAAGGCGACCCAUUUUCAAAAACUAUAUCUAUCCUCCAAAUAUCCUGGUUCAUCGUGAAAUGCAUCGCUCGGGCUGUUCAGCAUCUCCCUAUCACGCUCCUUGAAAUGGCCACACUCGCAUUUGCCGGCUUCAGCAUCAUCACAUACUUCUUGUGGUGGCAUAAACCACUCAAUGUUCAGUAUCAUAUAUCGUUGGAUGGAUUGAAUCUAAGCGAAACCAUGCGAACGUUGGCAACCACAAGCUGCAAAGAAUCUACUUCGCCAAAGGCAUCCUCGGGAGACGGGGUAAUAGAUGCGUUGCCAUGGGUUUAUACGGUGGUGGCGAAGUUUUUCCUUCUCGGGCCAGCAGAUGGACAUGACAACAUUGGAGACGGUGCCCUUCCACUUGACGCAGGUAAAUCCAACUCUAUGGCGGUAUAUAUGGCCUGGGCGAUGCCCCUUGUUGUCAUGGGUUUUGUAGGAUCAUUUCUGGGGACUUUCCAUUCCGCCUACAUGGCUUCGUCAUUCUACUUUCCAUCUCACACCGAAAUGGUACUAUGGCGAUUUUCAUCUGCAGCAGCCACGAUUGGAUUCCUUGCAGUAGCCAUUCUUACUUUCAUUGAUGAGGCACCUCGUCCUAAGUGGACGUCGAAGCUACCACGACUACUUCGAUCUUGGUUGACGGACCCCUCUAUCUUUCGGACCAUUUGGAAGUCCUGUUUGUUUUCAUUAGCAGUUGUUGGCAUGCUUAUAUUCAUUGUGGGGCGGAUUAUACUGCUCAUCCUCAUUUUUACACAGCUACGUUCUCCGCCACAGCUAGCUUUUCAUACAAUACAAUUGACAAUUCACAUACCUCACCUAUAG